UAAAAUGAAAGUAUGGCUAGGUAGGCCUGUAAUUACGUGGGAAAGGUUGGGAUGACGUGGUAGAAGUCCAUUGGCCCAAACCAACUGUAAUAUCGGGUAGACGCCCCGUGAGUUUGAUAAUUCCAAUCGGCCGAUCGCGCGGGUCUCUGACAGUUACUCCUUCUCUUUCUCUCUCAAAAAUACUCUCUGCGGCCUUCUCUCCCCAUUUCACUUUUUUUUUUUUCAUCAAAUUUCAGUUUCUUUUUAUCUUUUCCUCCAGCUUUAUCAACUCAAAGAAAAAAAAAAAGAAAGAAAGAAAGAAAAGAGUGACGUAAUUUCCUUCUAAAAUACAUGGAAAAUGAUAUAGACAAAACAUGACAAGGGAUCAAGCCAACUGAAAACUUAUCAGCUUUCUGUUCUUGUCUCAGCUCCUGUUUUGACCGGAGAUGGGAAAGAAAGGGAGUGGGUGGUUCUCAACGGUGAAGAAAGUGUUCAAAUCAUCUUCUAAGGACUUGCCUGAGAAAAAGAAAGAUAAUGCGGAGAAAUGGCCUAAUGAGGCCCCGGAAGUAGUGUCAUUUGAACAUUUCCCCUCGGAGAGUUCACCGGACAUCACAAAUAUUGAGACUGCAAUGUCAACUCCUCUGAAUGAAGAUAGGGACCAUGCCAUCGCUGUGGCCAUGGCUACUGCUGCUGCUGCAGAAGCUGCUGUUGCAGCAGCUCAAGCUGCUGCUAAAGUUGUUCGAUUGGCUGGUUAUGGACGCCACUCUAAGGAAGAAAGAGCUGCAACCCUCAUUCAAUCCUAUUACAGAGGCUACCUGGCUCGGAGAGCUUUGCGUGCUUUGAAGGGGCUGGUGAGGUUGCAGGCACUAGUGAGAGGCUAUAAUGUGCGCAAGCAAGCACAAAUGACAAUGCGGUGCAUGCAAGCAUUAGUUCGGGUGCAGGCAAGAGUUCGAUCUCGUAGGCUGCAGGCAACGCAUGAGAAGCUUCAGAAGAGAGUGGAUGAAGUGGAGGAAGAAAAUAGAGGAAUGGAAGAACUAGAACGAAAGCCGGAGAGCUUGUUGAAGAAAUAUGACGGUUGGGAUGUUGGGCAUCAAAGCUCGGAGAAAGUCAAGGAAAGUGCUUCAAAGAAACAUGAUGCUGCGAUGAGAAGAGAAAGAGCCCUUGCUUAUGCAUAUAGCUAUCAGCAGCAGCAGCAACAGCAACAGCAACAGCUGCGGCAGCAUCAACUCCUCAUGCAACCACACCCCAAUGGCAAGGAUGUUGGAAUCUACCUUAACGAGCAUGAGAAGGAGCAAUGGGGUUGGAAUUGGCUCGAGCAUUGGAUGUCAUCGCAACCAUACCAUGCCCAUCAAUUAGGCCUUCAAGAGGGUUCUUACUCGACACUACCCACCACCACUAUUGAUUGCAUUUCUGAGAGGACUGUUGAAAUGGACGUUAUGACACCAUUGGAUUCAGGCCCAUACUUAAAGCAGCAGCAACCGCAAUUAGGGUCCAAUAAUGUCCCCAGCUAUAUGGCCCCAACCCAAUCUGCCAAGGCCAAGGUGCGAAGUCAAGGCCAAGUCAAGCAGCAACGUGGACCAUAUGUACCCCAAUGGAACCCAUCAACAAAGAAAGUCUCAGGUUGUGAUUCCUCAAGUUCAGGUGGGGGAACAACAAUCUACCAGGCACCAAGAAGCCCUGGCCCAAAGAAUAAUGGUGCCAGUGUAACGUCUAGACGUCUCGGAGGCUGUAGUCCUGAUGCCGGUGGUGGUGAAGAGGAUUGGAGGUUGCCUAUUGGCAGUCACGGCUGGUGAAACGAUAUUGGUUGAUUGUGUAGAGAACUGUCACUAUAAAUAUGAUGUGAACUUCUGUUAUAUGUUAAUAUAUAUGUUGCUAUUUAUUGCUCUUUCAUUCAUGUUAGUGAUCAUUUUAAAUUGUUACAUGAAUUA